UUCUAUUCUGUAUUUAAUUUUUUCAACGAGAUAUAUGUAUAGAUAAAAUAUGGAUAGCAGUAUAACUAAGGAUGCAACAAUGGAACCUCAAGCAAUAAAAAGUUAUCAACAGAUACUUGACAAUGUGCUCGCACAGAAACUUGAACAAAAUGAAAAACGAAUUAAAGCAAUAACAGAUUACAAAAAGGGGCACAAAAAAGUAAUAGAGGGACUUGAAGCAUACCCAUUAUCACUUUCUGAGAAUUGUAUGGUACCUAUCGGCAAGCUGGCGUUUAUGAAAGGAAAAUUAACUCAUACUAACGAAAUCUUGAUUUAUUUGGGAGAGGGCUAUUUUGUCAAGUAUAGUGCAUCACAAGCGAUUGCAUUAUGCAACAGGAGAAUAGCAUGGGCGGAUGAAAUGCUGAAGAGUUUGGAAACUGAAAAAAACUUGUAUGAAAUGAGACAAUAUAUUCCAUUGGAACAUGAUGUUUUUGGCAAGGACAGAAAAGAUAUAGUCGAACAUUGGACCGAGAAUAAGCUUGAUGAGUGGAAAGUGCAACAUAGACAACGUGAGAAGGAGUAUCGUCAGAAACUAGCCAAGUUGAAGGAAAAAGAAAGGAUUGACAUUCGUACUGAAGAAGAUCUUUUUAAGAAACUUGAUCAAUUGGAAGUGGAAGAAGCAUUAGAAGAUGAAAUUUACAGAUUGGAAACCGAACGAAAAGCAUAUUAUGACUUGAAAGAUGGUAAAGUUUAUGAUGAAUCAGAAGAGGAUGAAUCUGAUUCUGAUCAAAUUACAACAGAGAAAAUUCAAGAAGAAUUAAAAAAACUGGAAGAUAUCCAAAUGGAUAGAGCUACAAGUGAUACAUCUAAAGACACAAAUACAAAGGAAAAAAGGAGAAUAUCAUUUGCUGAGCCAUGUGUCAUAGAAGACGAAAGCAAUACAAAAGAAAUAUCAAUAUCUCGAGAAGUCUGUUCUGCUCUGAAACAAGAUAUAUGUAAUGAAAGCUCUGAAGAUGAAAAUGAUACCAUUAGGAUUGAAUUUUCACAUUCAUCUCAUACUCCAGAUAUAGUUGAAUCAAAUAAUAUGGAAAUACAAAGUCCAGUAGAUAUUUAUAAAAUGUUUAAUGCUCCUAAAUCAAUUUUGAAAAGAUCUCCAAACGAUAUGAUUUUCAAUGAAGCUGCUCCUCCUUUAAAUGAGAGCAGUAGUACAGAUACAGAAGAUGAAAUUGAACAUGUUAAACAUUCUGCAUACAAUUCUGUAAUCAAAGAGAUAGUCCAAGAAAGUAAAACUUCACCUGUAAAUGUUUCGACAGAGAAAGAUGAAAAAAGAAUUGUGAGUAGGUUCAAACUUGAACGAGCUGGGAGAAAGUGAUGAUUUGUAAAUACAUAUAUUGAAAUCAAAAAUCUAUUUUCAUAAUACAUAACUUUCCAAAAUUACAUUUAUACUUCAAUUAUGUGUCAUUUAAGAAACUAUUUUGAUCAUCAAUUUUAUGAAGAUUACAAUAAAUGUA